AUGGAGGUCAGCCUGAUAGAACCCCCAGUACCGCCCCCUCCCACACCAAGGAACCACCAGUACCGCCCCCCUCCAACACCAAGGAACCACCAGUACCGCCCCCUCCAACACCAAGGAACCACCAGUACCGCCCCCUCCAACACCAAGGAACCACCAGUACCGCUCCCUCCCACACCAAGGAACCACCAGUACCGCCCCCCUCCAACACCAAGGAACCACCAGUACCGCGCCCCCUCCAACACCAAGGAACCACCAGUACCGCCCCCUCCAACAACAAGGAACCACCAGUACCACCCCCCCUCCAACACCAAGGAACCACCAGUACCGCAUCCCCCUCCAACACCAAGGAACCACCAGUACCGCGUCCCCCUCCAACACCAAGGAACAACCAGUACCGCCCCCACCCAUACCAAGGAACCACCCCUUCCCAAACCAAGGAACCAUCAGUAUUUUCCCCUCCCACACCAAGAAACCAGUACCACCGCCUCCCGCACUAAGGAACCACCAGUACCACCGCUUCCCACACCAAGGAACCAGCGCCUCCCACACCAAGACGUACAGAAGACUUACCGUCAACUUGGUGGCAAGAGGGGCGGGGAAAGUGGGCGGGUGAGGGAGUGCCAAGCAACAAGAGUCGCCAGGCUGUGGUACAGGUGUGUGAAGACCUCAACUACUAACACCUGGCAAGCGCUCAAAGUUUUGUUGUGGAUUUUUCGUCGGUGCAGCGUUGAAUGUGUUGAGAGUAUUGAUUGGCGUUGCAGUGAUAACACAUGGAGGACAGAAUCCAGCACAUCAGAAUCCGAGUAAACACUCAGAGGCGAAGCUUCAAGUCACUCAAUGUGUUGAAAGGUGCGGCUAGAAGCGCUCUGCAGCGCCCCGGAUGUUGGAACAACAGCGGGGAAGCAUUUGUUAGCAGACACCAGCAUCUAGAGCAGCUCCUGUCAUGUUAACAACAGCUGUCAUAACAGCAUGUGUCAGCUGACACCAGUAUCUAGAUCAGCUUACGUUAUGUUAACAAUAGCUGUCAUAUCAGCAUGUGUCAGCUGACAUCAGUAUCUAGAUCAGCUUACGUUAGGUUAACAAUAGCUAUCAUAUCAGCUUGUAUCAGCUGACACCAGCGCCUAGGGCAGCUUACAUCAUGUUAACAAUAGCUAUCAUAUCAGCAUGUGUCAGUAGACACCAGCGUGUACAACAGCCUAACGCCAGCGGCGCUCCGCCUCGUCCUUGCCAUUUGUCAGCAGACGCUAGCAUCAUCAAGAACAGCCCAUACUAACGCUGGCUACUCGCUGCGUUAUCGCCACAAAGACAGCGAUAUUACUGAGCAGUUAAUCAUUACAUUAAGGGUAUAUAUAAUACCGACAAAUAAGUGAGUAAGGCUCAUAUGCAGCACUUGGGUAUUUCUUGUCGAAACGUUUCGCCGACUCAGCAGGCUUCCACAAUCAAAUACAGAUGAACAAGUUUUCAUAAGUUCAACAGCCACGCUAAGCGACUCCUUCAUGAAUACAAUAAUAACAAUGGCUAUGGCCGGACUAUUAUUAACUACUCGCAUAAUGAAAGAGGUUCAGGAAAAAGCUCGUAAAGGAAGUAUUUGUUUCAUGAGGUAUAGCAUCAAUUCACAUAAAUAUUUCAUCAUAUAAUAACCUGAGAACUUAUAAACCGACUUUUUACAGAAAAUUCUCAUAAAACAUUUACCUUCGUUGAGAACAAUGUUAUUGACUCACCUAAAUAAACACUAUUACACUUGCCACUUGAGACACGUUACAAGUGCAACAUAUAAACGACACACUAGAUCUUGCAACAUAAAACAAUAUGUAGCUGAUAUAACUGACAUUAGUAUUGCAUAAAACAUCAUGCAGGUGAAAUAAUGACUUUUAACUCACUGCCACAAGACAUACAUUAUACAGCAAUAGCGUGGUGAGUCACAAUGAGGAAUUGUCCUCCCCAUCGUGGAGUUGUUCUCCCCAUCGUGGAGUUGUCCUUUCCAUGCCAUUAGUGGUCCUCAUGGGAUGAAAGUUAUAUUAUUUUGAUUAUGGGAACUGUUAAGCCUGCAGGAGACACACUACUCGGUGUAUAUAAUGUACACAUACUAUAUACAUAUAUAAAACAUAUGCGCCACUUGGUGUAUAUUCACAGAUCUGUAUUUCUGACGGAUGCACACCUCUCGGUGAAUAUGCUCAUAUAUACAUACCUCGCUGUGUACAUACUAGGUCUGACAAGUGGCUAAGAUAAUAUUGUAUUUACUUUUAUGCAAAUGGCACCAUUUAAUUAACUUUAAAAUCUGCAAUAAAAGUGACAGAGUUUAUGCGUUAAGUUGCUUGGUGAGAAGAAUCUUGUGGUGACAGUGUCACGGUAGAGAAUAAACAAAAGUUGUACAUCAAACUUUUGUUUAAAGGUCGUUUUGUCCUGUUUAGAGCUUUAUGGUAAUUAAUUAAUAAAGCUCUACAUAGAGCGAAACGUUGUCCUCAUGAGAGCUUGUUUAGUAACUUGUUUUUCUGUACUAAGAUAUUGGGAGAGUGUAAGUUGUAACCUUAAUUUACUCAGAAAAGACAGAAGACAAUGAUGUCAUCUUCUUAUAAUAGUAUAUAUAAUAAUAAUAUCUUUAUUUACUACAAGUACAUGUACAAGGUAUACAGGCCUAGCUGACAUCAAUGACUAUAUAGAAAGCCGCUUGUUAUGCAGAGCAUUUCGGGCAAAUUAGGUCAGUUUUGUCCCAGGAUGCGACUCACACCGGUCGACUAACACCCAGGUACCCAUUUUGCUGAUGGGUAAACAUAGACAACCGGUGAAAGGAAACACGUCCAAUGUUUCCACCCCUUCGCCGGGAAUCGAACCCGGACAUUCACUGUGUGAAGCGAGAGCUUUUGCCACCAGGCCACCAGGCUUAUGCAGUGCUUAUGAAGUUGCCAGGUCUGGUAUCAACUUGCUCCCCUCAGUCUUCAACAGGGUCAACUUUACGUGAUAAAAGGGGUUGGGAUGUUUAUUCCGUGAAGUGUGUUUGGGUGGCUACUAACUCCCAAGUACAGUCCAUGGACGAUGUUAUGGGUUACCGGGACGUGAUGGAGAGACAGCGAGGGGUAGUUAUUUGUCUCUCAACACUCUCCAUGACAGUAUCCAGUAAACAGCUCUACAAUGUCAUCACUCGGUAAAAUUUUAUCGCUGCUUAAUACAAAAUGGUUCAGCGAUUUUUUCUGAAUAGAAUAAAAUAUCUUACCCGCUGGCUCCUAAGCAAUGAGAAAAUGUUGGAUGUGUAAAUAAGAGAAGCGUAAAAGAGGAUGUACAACA